GACAUUUCAAGUUUAAUAUGUAAAGCAUGAGGAUAUCUUUGAGACAAAUGCUAAAGAAUUAUGCAUGUCAACCAUCUUAUACUCGACGCUCGAAGCAAGCGGUAUCAAGUCCACUGCUGCAGACCAUGCUGCGUCACACAUCGGCAAGGCAAGUGGCCUCGCAUUGCUUAUCAAAUCCUUGCCGUAUCAUGCCAGCCGGAACCGCCAUUCCUCUUACAUACCCGCUGAGAAACACGGGUUGCUGGUGAAUCAGAGUGGACAGUCUGAAAUCAGUAUGGAUUCUCGCGAGGAGGUGUGCAACUUUGUCUUUGAGAUGGCAUCUGUAGCGAAUGCGCAUAUGCAGAAAGCUCGUGCGUUGGCUAAGACAGUGCCCCGUGAGGCUCAUCCGGUGCUGCUUCCUGCUGUGCCCACGCAGGUGAUCCUCGAUUCUUUAAGCCGCGUGCAGUUUGAUGUGUUUGAUCCAAGACUGGCACAAGGUGUGUUGGGGGUUUCUCCUUUGUGGUAUCAGUUGAAACUCAAGUGGUUUUCAUUGAGAGGGAAAUACUGAGAGCUGUCCAGUUUUGUGAAUUCGCCUAAAUUAAUUCAAUCUUAACAUGAAUAAUUGUGGAAUUUUUUAUGACUAUACCAAGAGCGGUUUUCUUU